GGACCCACCAACCACCACCUUGCCCGCUUCAAUUUAACUUGUCGAUGCCAACGGAAAGUUAACAAGAGGUACAAAAUACUGUUGAAGCCGCCCAGGCCCUGAAAAGUCUAGCUCUAGACCUACAUUGCCUCAAUGUCCGUGGCGUCGGCUUGGAACGGCUGUUCCCCUACGGCUUCAUGACGCGUAACAACCUCCGUCAACAGCUCUCCUGGUUACUACAAGACGCCUGCCAUACCCGGCCUCUGGGCCCUGAGCUACCUAGUGCUUCAUCAAGCUUCGAUAGCCAAUCCACACUCAGCCAAGGCCAUCAUCCUUUAUCUAGGGCUCCCGAGUUCCAGCAGCCUGUGCUCCCAACCCCAAGCACGGCACAGCCAUCUUUGCCAACAACAGCACAGGGCCUUCCGACUCCCGCUAUAGAUGCCGCCACCCAAUCGAUUCGACCACAAAUCGGGAUCCCAAGAAACGGGGUCGACGAGGCCGACGAAGACUUCGAGAGCAUGGCGAGAUUGACAUCGGCAUUAAAGUCCAAAAAGCCGUCGCUACUCAUAAAGGAGCAAGAGCAGCAGCCUCUGCCGACGCCGACCUCGACGACAAGUGUACUGCCCCCGCUUCAACGCGCCUUUUCUCGCCUGGUGGACAAGGACAACUGGCGGACUGCCAAGGAGGAAUCGCCAGCUACCCCUCGAGCUGCCCAUCGUGCUCGAAGCCCCGUCUUUUCUUCCGAUGUCAACUUCGAUUGUCUGGACCAAGCCGGAGAGCCGAUAGAUCUCACCUCGGACGACUUUGAUAUCAGCUCUGCUCUGUUAGCCGAUGGUCUUUUGCGGAGUGAUGAUGGACUAUCAGGGGAAAGCCACCCGCCGACCAAGAGAAGCGCCAAGAAGAGGAAAAGCUCCGAGAUGAGCAAGGUCACCCCAGCGCCCAAGAAAAAGGCUAUAUUCAUGGAUGAUGAUGAUGAGGACGAUUUCCCUGACAUAGGAACCCUUGCCAAGGCUACGUCUCCAAUGGCUAGGAGACCUAACAAGUCCUUGUCAAGCUCUCAAAAGACACCCAGCGGGGCCCGCCCGGCCACAGCCUACGGUCCCUCUAUAGUUCACGAGCGCACCGUUACCGAAAAAAUUCGAAGGACCGAGAAACUUCUCCAAGGGGACGCUGAUGGUUUGGAUGAACUUAUUAAACAUUCAGCCCCUACAGCGCUUACACAACCUCCCCGAGGUGUCUCUUUGACCACUAUCAAAACAACACCGAAUAGAAGCCAGGUGCAAUCAUCAUCCCUGGCCCUCUCUUCAAAACAUGAGUCGCCCAAUCCCAGCGAGGACAGCCCGAGGGGGAAACGGAGGAGGCGGUCCAAGGAUAGUCUAGUUAUCCAAGAUUCCGAGGAUGAUUUCAUGGAAGAUGACUUCGUGACACCUCCUACGGAGCAUGUGUCAUACCUGACCUGCUUGAGCGGGCCAGAGUCUGAGGGGAAAGAAGGCUCAAGUACACAGCGUCACGCUUCUUCGCAGUCAAGAAGUGGCCUUGCUUCACCAAAGGUUGAUCCUACUCCAUCCAAGAGGCCAAGAAUAGAGGACGCUCGGCAGCCUCAAGCCAAGGCGGACGCACGGGUAUUCGAGGAGCCCGCUGCUCACAGCUCGGAUUCCGAUGGUAGCACACUGGCUAUGGACCUCUUCCUCAGAAAUCCGAGCGUGAUUGAUAAGAGACGGAAAGGCAUGCAGGCAGAGAUGAAGAAGCUUUCCGAGGACUACAGACGAUCUUUUGUCGAGAACUGGCCCCAAGAGCGCAGGCAGCAGGUCAAAGAAGCUCGUAACCAACUCUCAGAGAAAGGAAACACCCUUAGUCUACUCUAUUCCGAGUAUGAAGCGCACAAGAUUAUUGCCCACCAGAAGCAGUCCCUCGAAAACGAGCUCGUCGAGGCCUUCGAGAACGGCUUAGACACUACUGACGAUGAGUUGCGCAUCAGCGGAAUGAUAGAAAAACUGCAUGAGAAAGAGCAAAACCUUCGUCGGCUGUUAGUUGCGACAGGCAUGAAUGAUAUCGCCUUGUAUGAAGAGGUCGAUGUCGAUAAUGCCCAGGAGCCUCAGCUUGAACCAUACCCACCAAACCAAGUUGUCCAGGCUACGCAGCAUGCUCCACAGCCUCCUCUACCUCAACUUCCUCGCCAAUCUAGCCAAAUCCAAACAUUGGAUAAUAACCCGCAUAUCAUCCUUCAGACACAAUCCUCCUUAAGGCAACAGCAACAACAACCAGUAGUCAGUCGGAGCGAUGAGUUCGAGGAGAGGUUCCUCGUGCACCAACCUCCCCCUUUCCCUCGCACGACCAGGACACGAAUCGCCGAGCCUAGCCGUCCGGCGCCAUCGAUGACCACAAGCAAUGAAUCGCAAGAUCAGUAUAUGCAGAAUUUACUAGAGGACGACGAUGAAGAGGAUGCAAUGGAAUGGCAACAGGCGCAUGCUUCCACACGGCCUCAGCCUCCGGCGCCUGCCGCGCAUCAACCGGCCACUCGACGAUUGCAAGAAGAGGUUGACUACUUUGACUGUGAUGACGAAGACAGCUUGGUGCUGCUAGCGGACCACAUCGAGAGGCAGUCCUCAAGCAGGGCCACUUCCACGCAAGCAAGUAGAGCGGCGUUGGCUGAAACAUCGGGAAAUACAGCCAUUGUACCGAGAGUUAGGAAAGAGCCUCCAAAGAAGGACAAGAAAGCCGUCCCGAAAAGCUCGAUUCCGCGUGAGCUGAUGAGGCAUCCUUGGUCCAACGAUGUUCGGAAGGCGCUCAAAGAUCACUUCAGGAUGUCCGGGUUCCGGCAUAACCAACUGGAGGCAAUCAAUGCCACACUGAGCGGAAAAGACGCAUUUGUGCUCAUGCCCACUGGUGGAGGCAAGUCUCUCUGCUACCAGCUCCCUGCCGUCGUCAAUAACGGAGCUACGCGGGGUAUCACUAUAGUUGUCUCCCCGUUGCUCAGCUUGAUGCAGGACCAAGUCGACCAUCUUCGGGACAUCAAUAUACAAGCAGCUCAGUUCAGUGGAGACAUUGACAAGACGCACAAGAACAUGAUCCUAGACGCUUUAAACAACAAGAACCCGGAAAACUUUCUCAAGCUUCUUUACGUCACUCCUGAGAUGAUCAGCAAAAGUGUAACUUUUACAAACGCGCUCCAGCGCACAUACCGGAACAAGAAGUUGGCUCGGUUUGUCAUCGAUGAAGCACACUGCGUCAGCCAAUGGGGCCACGACUUCAGGCCAGACUACAAAGCCCUUGGCGAGCUUCGCCGCAUGUUCCCUAAUGUUCCUGUGAUGGCUCUGACAGCGACGGCGACUAAGAACGUGAUUGUCGACGUCAAGAGCAAUCUUGGAAUCGAUGGCUGCGAGGUCUUUUCGCAGAGCUUCAACAGGCCAAACCUUUACUAUGAUGUGCGCCCGAAAGGGAAGAAUCUCCUGCAGUCGAUUGCAGAGCUUAUUCAGGAAAGGCACGCCGACCAGACCGGCAUAAUCUACACGCUUGCUCGCAAGAGCUCGGAGAACAUAGCUAAGAAACUUGUUCAAACCUACGGCAUCUCGGCGGAAGCUUACCACGCCGGCAUGGAGACGGAUAAGAAGACUGAUAUCCAGAGGAAAUGGCAGAGGGGAACGAUCAAGGUUGUCGUGGCUACCAUUGCGUUCGGCAUGGGGAUAGACAAGCCGGAUGUGCGAUUUGUGAUUCAUCAGUCGCUGCCAAAAAGUCUCGAGGGUUACUAUCAAGAGACUGGGCGUGCUGGCCGUGACGGUGAAAAGUCUGACUGCUACCUGUACUUUGGCUAUGGAGACAUAUCAACACUACGCAAGAUGAUCAAAGAGGGUGAGGGCAGCGACCAGCAAAAGGAGCGCCAAGCAGAGAUGCUGAACCGUGUUAUCGAAUAUUGCGAGAACAAGCGAGACUGCCGACGCGUCGAGAUCCUGCGAUACUUUGGCGAGCGAUUUGACAAGAACGAGUGCGACGCCAGCUGCGACAAUUGUCGCGAUGGCGGCGAGUUUUCUAUCGUGGAUUACACGGAAGUCGCCGUGGCGGCGCUCAAGGUUAUUGGGCGAAAACGGCUCACCGCCAAGCAGUGCGCCGACAUACUCCAGGGCAAGGGGGUCAAGAAGGACGAGCCUAAGCCUGACCACUAUGGCGUUGCCAAGUCACUACAGCAGCAUGUUAUUCUGAGUAUCCUGUAUCGUUUGCAGGCAGAAGACGCGUUAGAGGAGCACCACAAGACCGUGAGAAGCAUCGGUGUUCCUAUUACGUACUAUGGUGCUGGGAUCAGGGCCAACGCCUUCAUAGAUGGGCACCAGAGGCUUGAGCUGGUAACCCGCACAGCCCGUAAUGGUGCUACGGAUAACGCAAACCCCCCUAAAGGAGCCAAAAAGACUGCCAAUCGUGAGGCAUCAAACCUGCCCCCAUCGACGAAUGUAUCUUCUCCUGUGAUGAAUACCAGUAUAAAGUCCAAGGGAAGGUCACUAGUGCUGGAUCAAGAUGACGAGAAGUCGGACGAGGACGAGGCUGGUGCAGCACCAAGGCACCGGAAUGGUUACGCGAAAGACAACUUUGUGGUUUCUGAUGACGAGGACGACAACAGUUAUUUCGAAAAGAGCAUGCGCAUUGUUCCGAAAUCCCGCCAGAGAACCCUUGAAGAACUAAGCGGGCCGAUCCGUAGUAACGGCGGCGGAGAAGGGGCCAUAUCACAGCUGGACGAUGUACAUCAGGACCUUCUGAUACAAUUCGUUGAAGAUGCCAAGCGAAUUGAGGAGCGCGUGCGCAAUAACAAUGGUCUGCGCAAGUUGCUAUUCACGGAGCAGCACCUACGCUACAUGGCCAUCGAGUGGACAACUUCGCUGGAAAAGAUGCGGCGGGUCCCAGGCAUCAACAAUGACAAUGUCAUGCGCUAUGGUAACGAGCUUUUACCCACUCUGAAGAAGUACUACGAGUUCUAUCGCAACUCCAUGGGUGUCGGCGGCGGUGGCGGCGGCAAUAUGGAUGACGUUGUAGACCUUGUGAGCGAUGACGAUAAUCUGGACAUACGACCUCGGCGAGUCCAGAAGGGCAAGGCGACGGCCGAAGAGAAUUUUUUCACCAGCGACGAGGAAUCUUCGGGCGAAGACCAGGACGAAGAGGAAUCGACUGAGGCUUCAUCAAAAUACUUCAGCCCUAGCCGCGAGACAGAGGCCGAGCGUCAGGGUCGUGAGUGGAGAGAAAAAUAUAACGCCGUGCCAGUAACAUACAGCGAGUCCUCGUCCUCCAAAGCCAAGUCAGGGGCUGGGAGGGGAGGGAGGUCUAACUGGAAGGGAAAUGGUGGGAGGAAGACAUCGUAUGGGAGCCGGCGCACAUCGGGAGGUGGAGGCGGCGGUGUGAGCAAACGCAGGGCCGCGACUGGCAGCGGCGGUGGCGGAAGGAAGGGAAAUAGUGCCACAAGGGGUGGUUCGAAUCGGUCCGGAAGUGGAAGUGGUGCUUUUACCUCGAGGGCAAGGACGCCUGUUUCCGGGGCCGGGAUCGGUCUCAUGCCGCUUUGAUCGUGCGUGCAAAUGAAGCGUGGCCCGGAAAUUAUUGUUGCUGCCAAUCAGGGUGUAUCAGCAACCAGCUUUUGUAUUUUUUUCUUCUUUUUUUUAAAACGUUUUGAUGGUGGCCAACUUUGGACUCUUUUUCACCCGAGUUCGCAUCAGUAAUGGUGCAAAAGCUGGCAGACAUUGUACAGCAUAUUUUGUUGGGCGGCUUUCGGCAUCCUGUUUUUAUUGCUAGAUAUAUACCUAGGUAUGGUUGCAUUUUUCAUGAUGACACUUAAUGAACAC